CUUCACCCUCUCUCUCUCUCUUUAUAUCUCAAGAACCCAACCUUACGAAACAAACAAACCCACUCACUUUAUUAACUAACUUAACUUAUUCUUCUCUCCCAAAUCUCACGCCCCACCGCCGCUCCAAACCCGAAUUUUCUCACCCGAUUCUUAUUUGGAUGCACUGAUCAUUUAUGGAGACCGAGAAUCGAGUAGAUUUCAGUUACAUGGGGAGGAGCUUUAGCGGGACGAGUGUCAACGAUGAUUCCUCUGCUUUUAGUGACUGUAACAGCGACAGAUCCGGAGAGUUCCCUACGACGUCGUCGGAGAGCCGGCGGUUAUUACUAGCCUGUGCGGCAGAGAAUUCGGACGCUUUCAUUCGCCAGCUUGUGCUCGAUCUCGAGUCCUCUUCUAUUGAUGAGCAAAAACAAGCUGCUAUGGAAAUUAGACUCCUCGCCAAAAACAAACCGGAAAAUCGUCUCAAAAUUGCUAAAGCCGGCGCGAUUAAGCCGCUGAUUUCUUUAAUUUCUUCGUCGGAUUCUCAGCUUCAAGAAUACGGCGUUACUGCGAUUUUGAAUUUAUCUUUAUGCGAUGAGAAUAAAGGAGUGAUUGCUUCUUCGGGAGCGAUUACGCCUUUAGUUAAGGCUUUAAAAACAGGUACACCCACUGCCAAAGAAAACGCAGCAUGUGCUUUGUUACGUCUGUCUCAAGUCGAAGAAAACAAAAUCGCAAUCGGACGGUCAGGAGCAAUUCCACUUCUAGUAGCCUUACUUGAAACCGGAGGAUUGCGCGCGAAAAAAGAUGCAGCAACAGCUUUAUAUUCCUUGUGCUCUGUAAAAGAAAAUAAAAUCAGAGCCGUCCAAGCUGAUAUCAUGAAGCCGCUGGUGGAAUUGAUGGCAGAUUUCGGAUCAAAUAUGGUGGAUAAGUCGGGGUUUGUUUUGAGUGUGUUAGUAUCAGUUACGGAGGCGAAGGCGGCGCUGGUUGAGGAGGGUGGGAUUCCGGUAUUGGUGGAGAUAAUUGAGGUUGGCUCUCAAAGGCAAAAGGAGAUUGCGGUGGCGAUUUUGUUACAGAUUUGCGAAGAUAAUCUGAUGCAUCGCGCUUUGGUGGCUCGAGAAGGCGCCAUUCCUCCUUUGAUUGCUCUGUCUCAGUCCGGCACAAAUCGCGCCAAACAAAAGGCGGAGGCACUGAUAGAUAUUCUACGGCAACCAAGAUCCGGUAACGCCGCUGCCAGAACAUCAAAUGUGUCAGCAUGAAUUGGUGUCACCUGCUCUACCACAUGCCCAUGUGUAAUCAUACAUACAAACUGUUCAUAUACCUUUUUUUUUUAGUAAAGAAGAAAAAGAGAACAAACUUGUAAAUAUCUUUGCAACGGAGCUUGUAAAUUUUAUUUAAAUGGUUUAAGUUUGGUAUGACA